CGAAUUGGCUCGAAAUCAAGGCUAGGUAUUUGGCCCCCGCGUUGCAGAGUUUUGCGAAUGUGUGUGUUGUUUUGUUCUUGGUUCAGUCAUUUGAUCGAGCAUUAUUGGUGCUUGGAUGUUUGUGGAUUAAAUUUCGGAGAUUGAAGCCCAUUGCCAUAGUGGAGUAUUCGAGGGAUUGGGAAAAUAUGAACGUGAAGGAUUAUCUGAUGGUGCUGGUGCAAAUCCCAAUGUGUAAUGAAAAGAAGGUGUACCAACAAUCCAUUGCAUCAUUUUGUAUUCAGAACUGGCCAAGGGAGAGAAUACUUGUACAAGUUUUGGAUGAUCCUGAUGAUUUGGAUGUUCAAGUCCUCAUCCCAAGCAGACGUGCAGAAAUGGCAACAAAGGGGUCAAGGAAUCUUAAAUCUGCAAUGAGUUGUGAUUAUGUCAAAGAUUGUGAGUUUGCCGUGAUCUUUGAUGCAGAUUGUCAACGAGCACCAGGUAUCUUGGAGAAAACUACUCCAUAUUUUAAGGUAACUUCAUAAAACCAUGGAGAGAGAUGUACACUUGAGCAGGUUUUACAAUCGAAGUACAGGGUUAGGCAUUGAGAAACUGUAUAUGAAAGGAAAACUUUCAAACCAUCAAGUUACAUAAAUAUGUCUAUAUGAUAUGAAUACAUGCAUUAGACAAUUUUCUUGAAUAUAAAACUCAUGAGUUGCUGUCAUGUGAAUAAUGGUAUAGUUUAUUAUUUUUAGUUAAAACAAAAACGAAACUUCAAUUUGAAAGCAAACAAAAAGUGCCCCAAAAACACUUGCUUUGAUGCAUGCAUGUAUUUUUAAAAUUUAAUUUUAUCAAUCUAUAGAGCAUUUUUCAUUUUGUUAGCAUUGACAGAGGCAUGUGACGGCACCAGCUGCAUUCCCCUAGCCCUUGCAGCUGUAUUUGCAACAGGAAUGCAUUAUUUAUUGCACAAAUUAGUGGCACCAUACCCAUCCUUUGCAAACCUAGGAAAUCCGAGGACCUAUCCAGAGCUCACUCUAGUAAACACAGAUUACCUACAGAACCGACUAAAAAACCAAUUUUCCUGAGCACAUUUACAACAAAUAUUUUUACAAGCCCAAAAAUAAGUAAAUAAAUAAUAAAGGAGCUCAUUUACAAAGCCCUUCAGACUAACUGCCAUGGUAGACGAGAGGGGCCUCAAAGGUACUCUACCAAUAUUCCACAGCAGGGUGAGGCACACGCCCGUUACACACCUACUCCUACACCUAUGGCAGCUGAGUAAAGAAAAAUAAAAACUCACCCCACAGAUGGAGGCAUAGCAGUUUGAACCUAUUCCAAUGACAAAACAGAACACAAACAACACACGGUUAAAUCAAUUCACUGAAACAAAAACUCAAAAGGUAGGAUUUGCAUAAAUGGAACCACUCAUUGAUGGAACCGUAACACAAUCACUCAAAAUGCGUUUGACCAAUUCUCAUUCAUGAGCAAUUCCAAUGACAAAACAGAACACAAACAAGACACGAUUCAAUCAAUUCACUGAAACAAAAACUCGAAAGGUAGGAUCUAGCAUAAAUGGAACCACCACUCAUUGAUGGAACCAUAACACAAUCACACUCAAAAUGCAUUUGACCAAUUCUCAUUCAUUAGCCAUGGUUUCGCACCACAAUUAUGUCAGCAAAUUCCCAUAUGGAAAUCCAAUAAGCAAAUCCCCACAAGAAAUCCAUUACAAACUCUUUUAUGUCUGCCAAAAGACCAACUAGUCCUACAAAUAGAUCUUAAAAAAACAGAAACGAAAAAACAAAAAA